AUCCUCCACAAAACCCCCCAACACUAAUCUCUCUCUCUCUCUCUCUCUCUCUCUCUCUCUCUAGCAGUUUCUUAGACAUCUCAAGCACAUCAAAAUGUGUGGGCAUAACUCUUCUCUUCUGUCCUGCAAAUGCAGUACAAAACACAAUCCUGCUUACCUUCUCUCAGUGAAAGAGCCAGAGCCAGAGCCAGAGCCCAACAUUCUCACACAAUUAUUGGUUCCCCAAAGCCCAACAUCAAAACCAACAAAACAAACGCAAAAUUUUCACAGGACCCAUCUCUCUAUUGUCUUCAGAGAGGCAAUAUCUUUGGCCAAAAUAGCUCUUCCAAUGAUACUAACUGGUCUUCUUCUUUAUUCUCGAUCAAUGAUCUCCAUGCUCUUCCUCGGUCGCCUCGGUGAGCUCGCCUUAGCCGGCGGUUCCCUUGCUGUUGGCUUCGCUAAUAUCACUGGCUACUCUAUUUUGUCCGGACUAGCCAUGGGAAUGGAACCAAUUUGUGGACAAGCUUUUGGUGCCAAAAGAUACACUGUCCUUGGCCUUACCUUGCAAAGAGCAAUUCUUUUGCUAAUCUCUACUUCAUUACCCAUAUCUCUUCUUUGGCUAAACAUGGAGAGAAUUUUGCUUUUUUGUGGACAAGAUGAAGCAAUAGCAGCAGAAGCACAAACAUAUCUUCUUUAUUCUCUGCCAGACCUGUUUUCACAGUCUCUGUUACACCCAUUGAGAAUCUAUCUUAGAACUCAAUCCAUCACUUUGCCACUGACAUUUUGUGCCACUUUAGCUAUUCUUCUACACAUACCAAUAAAUUACCUUCUUGUUACACACCUUCAUUUGGGAAUCAAAGGUAUUGCUCUAAGUGGGGUAUGGACUAAUUUCAAUCUUGUAGCCUCUUUGAUCAUCUAUAUUCUCGCAUCUCGUGUUCACAAGCAAACUUGGGGAGGCUUUUCACUUGAAUGCUUUAAAGGGUGGAAGCAUCUCCUCAAUUUAGCAAUCCCCAGUUGCAUUUCAGUUUGCCUUGAAUGGUGGUGGUAUGAAAUCAUGAUUUUGCUAUGUGGGGUUCUGUUGAACCCAACAGCAACUGUUGCAUCGAUGGGCAUUUUGAUUCAAACCACUUCACUGAUUUACAUAUUCCCUUCAUCUCUAAGCUUCAGUGUAUCCACUCGGGUUGGGAACGAAUUAGGCGCAAACGAGCCGAAGAAGGCAAAACUUGCUGCCAUUUUAGGCCUUUCUUGCAGCUUCAUGCUUGGAUUUUCUGCUUUAAUUUUCACAUUCAUGGUUCGGAAUAUUUGGGCUACUAUGUUCACUCAAGAUAAAGAAAUCGUAGCUUUGACAUCACUUGUUUUGCCAAUAAUUGGACUUUGUGAAUUGGGAAACUGUCCACAAACAACAGGUUGUGGGGUAUUGAGGGGGACAGCCAGACCUAAAUUUGGGGCAAAUAUCAACUUGGGUUGUUUCUACCUAGUUGGGAUGCCAGUGGCAGUAUGGUUGGCAUACUUUGCUGGGUUUGAUUUUGAGGGGCUGUGGCUAGGUCUCUUGGCUGCACAAUUCUCUUGUGCGGUGACCAUGUUGGUGGUUUUGGGUCGAACAAAUUGGGAAGUUGAAGCCCAGAGAGCUAAAGAACUGACUGGAGCCAUGAUGGUGGCUCCUGUUGACGAAGUUGAGGAGGAAGGAAAGACAAAUAAAGCUGAAAUCAAGGAAGAUUUUGUGUAUUUAGUGAAUGACUUCGACACUAGUGAUUAUCAAUCACUUGUUUAAUCAACCACUCUGUAUGUUUUUUUCCUUUUAAGGGGAUACUAAGUUGUACAGGGAAUAGAAACUUAGAAAGAGACUACUUACAUAAUUGUUUUAUUGUAAUUUAAGUGUCAUAGGUUCAAACUACUCCAUUUUUUUUUGGCUAUUGUACUCUGUUUUAUGCUAUAUACAAAUUCGAACAGAAUUUUUAUUUA